AGAGGAUCUCACCAUUUCCCGCGCCGUCUCCCGCUCGACGGGUCCCUGAUCUGCGCAUCAGCAUCACCGAGGUGCAGCCCCUCCUCCCACCUCGACUACCAAACACCAAUCCGUCUGCUGAUUCGUUUCCGCUGCAAUUUAUAGUAAACAAAUCUCCCAGUUGACAAAGAACCACUGCCGCAUCACCCUAACCGGGGCUCUUGGUUCUUGGACUCUUGCUGCCGCUGCCCCGACUCACCACUGCUUUCUUUCUCCAAGGUUCCACGCAUCAGGGGCGGCGGCGUCCGGACCUCGGAUGCGGGGCAUCGCCGCUUCAUAGCCGCAGCUAAGCACUCGGAUUGCAGGCUUUUCUUGUCAUUUGUAGCUCUCUGAGCGGAAUCAUUGUGUUCUUGAGAACGAGAAGGAGUAUCGUAGAGGUGCGAUUGAUGAACCUGUAGGGGAUUGCAACAUAGAAAGUCAGAGGCAUAAAUCUUGUCGAUACAAGCUCCAAUGGCAAUGCAUCCUGGUUCUCGUAGUGAUCUGAACUUUGGUGAUGUGUUCGCUAACUCCAAUCCACCCACCGGUCGCAUGAUUAAUUUCUCCCUCCAGCAACAAUCACAAGUUCAAAUUUUCCCUUCAUAUGGACCCCAUAGUCAUAAUCCUCCUGUCAAUUCACAUCCAUCUCCAUCCCUGGCCAUGCCUGGUGGCGUCACGCCAAGUCCAGCAUCAACCACCACAACCGAGCUGGACAACUCCGAGGAUGCCGUCCUUGCAUACAUCAAUCAAUUCCUUCUUGAAGACGAGGAUGAUGAGUCUUUUCCUGUUACCAGUGCACCUGUGGAUGAUUCGGCCCUCCUCGCCGUUGAGAAGCCCUUUGUUGACAUCCUCAAGUCUGCUAAGCCUGCACAGGCAUAUGAAGGGAAAUCUUGGAUGACUGGUCAUUGUGAUAUCCCAGGAAUGGGAGGUUUGGAUGAUGUGGUCAGACAUACUCAGAAAUCUUGCCAAUCACCUUGUGAAAUGGUGAAGGAGGGUUCAGUUUGUGCUGCUCAUAAAGGUCGGAAGAACCCGCAUGAUGAUGGAUUGGAGAUGGAGGAGAGGAAGAGCAAGCAAUCCGCACUGUGUGAGGAGGAGACAGUCCGAGAGAUGUUUGACAAAGUACUUUUGUGUACUGAUGAGAAUUGUGAGUUCCGGUCACCACUGCCAAUUGACGCACAAAUUAGCAGUGGAUAUGUGAAAGGAUCAGGAAAUAGAAGAGGACGAAGGAAGGGAAGAUCUGGUGCUGGUCUGGAGGAGGAGGCAGUCGAUCUCACGACCCUACUUAUACAUUGUGCUCAGGCCGCAGCUAUUGAUGAUCACCGGAAUUCAAAUGAGUUGCUGAAACAGAUUAGGAAGCAUUCUUCUGCUACUGGAGAUGCGGGCCAGAGGUUGGCGCACUACUUUGCUAAUGGGCUUGAGGCUCGUCUAGCUGGCACUGGUAGCACCAUCUACUGUCAAAUUGCCGCAAAGAGAACUUGUACUGGUGAUAUUCUGAAAGCAUUCGGUUUGUAUGCUAAAGCAUGCCCAUUUAUGAAGAUAUCUCACUAUUUCUCAAAUUCAACCAUCUUGAAUGUUUCUAAGAGUGCGUCAAGGUUGCACAUUAUUGAUUACGGGAUACGGUAUGGUUUCCAGUACCCCGUACUCAUGCAACGGUUCUCAAGGAAACAUGGUGGACCCCCAAGCCUUCGAAUCACUGGUGUUGACUUUCCCCAGCCAGGAUUCCGCCCUGCAGAGCGUAUAGAGGCAACAGGGCGACGGCUACAUGAGUAUGCCCGUAUGUUCGAUGUCCCCUUUGAAUAUCACGCCAUUGCUGGCAAGUGGGAUAGCAUCCAGGUUGAAGAUCUCAACAUAAAUAGCGAUGAGCUUCUUGUUGUCAAUUGCCUUUACCGAAUGAGGAACAUGAUGGAUGAGACGGUGACAGAUGACAGCCCGAGGACAAGGGUUCUGAACACAAUCAGAAAGUUGAAUCCCCAUUUGUUUGUUCAUGGGAUUAUCAAUGGUACUUACAACGCGCCCUUCUUCGUGACACGAUUUAAGGAGGCUAUGUUUUUUUUCUCUUCACAUUUUGAUAUGCUUGAAGCAAAUGCCUCACGAAUGGAUGAACAUAGGCUGCUUAUUGAAAGAGAAUUUGUUGGACGGGACGCUCUGAAUGUGAUUGCCUGUGAGGGUACGGAGAGGAUCGAAAGGCCGGAGACGUACAAGCAAUGGCAGAUGAGGAACCUCAGAGCAGGUUUCAGGCCGCUACCUCUUAACGAGGAGGUAGUGAAGAGAGCAAGAUACAAGGUGCGCAAGAGCUAUCACAGGGACUUCCUCGUUGACGAAGAUAACAAGUGGAUGCUACAGGGUUGGAAGGGCCGUGUCCUCACUGCUCUUUCCGCAUGGACUAGCUAGACAUAUAAAUACUACUAGGCUCAGCUAUGACAUCUUUCAUGAAUUUAUCAUUUUUUUAUCAAUUCAUUUUGUUGUAUGAUCUUAAUAUUUAUGAAUUCUAGCCCUUUUUGCGUGUGACAAAAUUUUGAAGUUCAAAUUGACUGCAAUAUAAUAUUCUUCCUGCUUGCAGGAGUUCCCUAA